CCGCCACCGAGACUGAGUGUUGGAGUUUGUGCCUUGCUCAGUAACCCUGCAGCAGCCCUCGUGUGAAGACCGUGAGAAAGAAGGCAGGCACGGGAGUGGGGAUACAGCGAUACAUCAUCUGGUCUACCGCGCCACACCACCAGCCACACCUUGCCUCCCAGAAAAAGACAGAGUGCUGAGAACGUCUAAUUAGCUCUGCAUAGCGUGCCAUCCAGCCUACAUUCCCUUCUCCUCUCCGCUGCUCCUUCACUCGGCCCUGCAAGAUGAAUUCCACGCAUAGUAUUGGCCGACGCAACGCCAUCCCGAUCAUCUACACCAGCGGGACCUACUAUGAAGUCGGCUUCGAUGUGGGGCGCACGUUCCGAGGCCUCAUACAGGACUUCCUCGAGGGCUUCAAGGAGCUUCACGACACGCUGCUGCCGGCAUACGAGACCGAGGCGGGGCGUGCGGCCUACGACAAAACCCUGGCCUGCCUCAACGAAAACUUCCCCCACUAUGUCAGGGAGCUGCAGGGCACGGCGGACGGCGCGCAGGUCCCUUUCCACCAUCUGAUGCUGCUGCACACUGACCAGGCGGUGCCCCAGGCCGCCAACAUAGGGCAGGAGUGUCGCGGCGAUAAGACCAACGGGUGCUCCUCUCUGUGUCUUAACGGAAGAGACCAGGUUCUUCUGGGCCACACGGAGGACGCCCUGCAGGAAACACUGAACUACGUGUACCUGGUCUCGGCUCACAUACGGGAGGACGAGCCGCAGGGGAAGCUUGGCACCCAGAGCGAGGGCUUCACGGCGUUGUGCUACGCUGGGCACCUCCCUGGCUUCUGUAUGGGCUACAACCACCACGGCCUCGUCUACUCCAUCAACGUGAUCUUCCCACAAAAGGUUCUGGCUGGAAAAACACCCCGCCACUUCCUUUGCCGAGCGCUGCUAUCGGCCAAAACGAUGGAGACUGCGCAGCAGAUCCUGAGGGACCGCGGCACCGGGUCGGCUGACGGGUUCAGUGUCAACAUGAGCUUCACCAGGCAGGAGGGCGACCACCUGUUCCACAAUGCUGAGGUGGGGCCCGCCCAGGACACUGACGAGAGUCCCAUGUCCAUCCUGACGCUCAGCCCCGGCGAACACCUUCUGCACACCAACAAGUUCCUACGCCUCACCCACAUCCCAGAGGAGGUGGGCUUGUGCAUGACCAGCAGUGACCACCGCCACGCCCGCGCCGCGCAGCUCCCCUCCCCCGACAACCGCGAGGAUCUGGUAACACUGCUGUCUGACACUGAAGAUGCCAUGUAUCCCUUCUUCAGAGAGGGAUCCGCGGAGGACUACGUGAAGACUGUGGCUUUUGGAGUGUUCGACUUACUGAAGAGGACGUGGACAAUUUGGAUGAGGAACCCCAAGUCCUCUGACCCUCUGCUAGAAAUUCCUCUCCUCUUCACCUGGAACACCUAAUCAAGAAACACCUUAUGUAUGCGAUUUACCGUGACAGUGAAGAUUUGACACCUUUCCUUGCCUGUACUUCAGCCUGCCUGCCUCCCGUUAGCUAUAAAUUACUGUACUGUACUGUCCUUUUCUCGUCCUUUCGUUCAGAAGUCUUGAAAGGUUGAGAAUCUAAUCUUUUCUUUAUUUUUUAAUCUAUUUUCCUCUCUCGUUUCUCUUCUUAAUUUUCUUGGUUUCAGUUUCAUCUGAACUGUUUUUAUUUAUUUUUUCCUCUUGGUUUUAUUGAAAGGUUAAAAAUUUAUUCCUUUUUUUUAUUUUCUUAAUUAUUUCCCUCUCGUUUCUAUUCUUAAUUCUCUUGGUUUCAGUUUCAUCUUAACUGCUUUCAUUUUUUUUUUUUUCCUCUCUUGGUUUCAAUUAUAUUUCACUCCAAUUUUAUUUCCCAUUUCUUUUUCUUUAUUUUCUUGUCUCAUGAUCAUCUUUAGUUCCAUCACUUUUUUUUCUUUUCUUUAGUUCCAUCCCUUAUUUUUUUUUAUUUUCGUUCUUUGUUCAUAAGCUGGAGUGUUAGAAUGGAUGGUGGUAAUCUUGUCACUUUUUUUAUUACCUCGUUUUGUUUUAUGUCUUCUUACUCUUUCUUCUUAUCAUUCUUAUUUUCUUGAUUUUGUCCUCUACUUUCCCUCUUUCUUUUCACAGAUCUUACGUUUUUUACUCUCUCUCUCUCUCUCUCUCUCUCUCUCUCUCUCUCUCUCUCUCUCUCUCUCUCUCUCUCUCUCUCAUUAUAGUACCAACGAGGAGGCAGAGCGAUACCUAAAUGUUUAUAUCGAUGUUCUCAUGAUGUUAUUAACUCCUCAUAAUAUUAACUCUCGGAAUAUAACGAAGCCCCGAACUGAAGCUGGUCUGACGAAGCGGAGUCAAAACCGAGUCGAAGAUAUUACGUUAAAAGUUCCUGUAUGGUUAGUUUUUAUAAGUACACAUUAGUUCCUCUGUGAGUUAAAGAUGUGUUCCUGUAUUGUCUGGAUGGUGGAGAGUUUGUUUGCUUGGUUCUGUGUUUGGAUUUGUCCUUUUCACUCUUCCUUUACUAUUUUUGUGUUUCCUUUAUUACUCUUUAAUUUGUGUCUCAACUUCUAAUGGCUGGGUGUUUUUUUUUUUUUUUUUGUUAUUCUAUUUCAUUUGUUUAUUAUUUUCUAGACGAGGAAUAUGAGUCUCUUCAAACAUUCUGGUAUGUUGUCCAUUAACCUCUGUCACUUUUAUUAAUAUUUCUUUUCGGCUUUGUACUCUGAUCUCCCGUCACUAAGUUUUUGUUUUUGGCAUUUGUUGUCGCAAGGGCAUGUAUAGAUUACUCUUCCUGCUGUACGGAGGAUAUGAGUUGAAAAAAAUAACACUUAAGAACCCUGAUGUGUGUUACUGCCAGAUCCUAUGUGUCUCAUAAUGUUUAAUAAAUGUAUGGAAUAGU